AGUACCUACUCAAUCUCAUCUUCAGUGAUUCUCUCUUGGAAAAACCGCGCGUCGUAUACGUCGCACUUAACUCUUUUCCCAUAUCGUCUCUUUCCCACCUGUGGACAUCAUCUCAGGCUCGAUCGUGAACAAUUUCAAAUUCAAAGUCGCUGCAGGUAUAAGUUACUUAUCGGUAGCGUUUGUUCAUACUAGUAUUUAAUAGGUUUUAAGUGAACAGUGAAUUAGUGAACUCUGGAUGUGAAAAAAGUGUAUACGUAUAAGGAGAUCCUUCUCAAAGAAGUUGGCCGGAGUUACGGUGGCGUGCAGUAAGUAUAGCUGCUGCUGCGAGGUGCCAUGGAUAACAACAGGAAGAAUCACAACAACAACGUCAAGGACUCGGUUGAGCCGAGCAACCUCAAGAAGCUCCUUGCAGACCUCGUCGCCGACAUGACGGAUGUGACAAUCGUCAGCACACCCCUGCCCCAAGCCACCUCGACGGUUGGUCGGAGGUCCUUAAUGGUAGAGAAAAGCAGCAGAUCGACUCUCGAGGAACCGUCAAGUAAGCACAGACAGUUGAAUUUCGACAAUAGCAAUGAUUUCAAACAAUGUCACACCGAUGAUGAAUCUUCACUGGGGAUUCUUCAAUUUGAUAAUAUGUCCAAUUGCACAAAUUUGCUGGAUAAUGACGUUACUUCUACCUUGACACAGUUGAAAAACCAAAAUGAUUUUCUAGACAGCAAUUGCGAACGCGAACUUGCUCGUAAGGUGAUAAAGAAAUAUGCUGAGCCUUUUGCUGACACUUUUUCAAAAUCGGACAAAGAAAAUAAUGUGAAUUCUACAAAUUUGCCUGAUUAUAAAGAUCAUGCACGUAUUAAAACCAUGCGGUCUAGUCUACCUAAGGAUGGAAAAAUAGAUUAUGAAAAAAAGUCAACUAAUGGUGCCAGUAUAAUUUUUGAGCCAAGUGAAAUGACUGGACGGUCUUCUGAAUAUCAAAAUUCAUAUAAAAUAACGUCGGAUUGCCCAAACAAAUCUAAAAAUGAUAAAAAUGAAACAUUUGCAGCACAAAGUUUCAGUGGUAUCAGUUAUAAUAGUAAUAUAGCUGAAGUGAUGGAACAGUUUGGAAAUGAAGAAUUUAUGUCUGGAUCAAAAGUUGGCAAUCAAAUAUUAGCUGAUGAAAUAUCUUGGAGAAAAAAUCAGUUAGAAUCCGUGCCAACUGGUGAAAUCGAAAAUGACAGACUGGAACUUUCUUGUUUUUCUGGAGUCAUAGGAUCUGGUGAUUUAACGGUAGAAGAUGGGAGAAUAUCUGUGGGUGAAUUUUUUCAACGGAAAUGCGGCACUAUGGGCCACUUGUCCAUUAAUGCUUCUGAUAGGCCAAGUCUUGGCUUAGACACAAAUUCUUGUAAGAAGCAAAGAAAAUGUCGUGCCUUGGUGGACCAAACAGUAACAUCUGCAGUUAAUAAUUUAGAUGAAUCUGAAAAAAAUAUUGUUGAUUCUACUAAAGAUCCGAGUAUUAUGAGUUUGAGCAGCAUUGCUAAAGCACUUCAGAAUAUAGAAGAAGAUGUAACUCCAACAAAAUUAAUUGAUAAACUCAUGGAAGCAAAUGAAAAAGCCAAGAAACAGGGAGGUAAAAUAACAUCUGCUGGUCAAACUUAUAAUAUUUUACCGGAUCAUAGACCAUCUUUGCCUGUCCUAAACGUCACAACUGAAACACGACAAAACUAUGGUUAUAAAUUAUCUUUAGGCAGUAAAAAUGUUUCACAAAUGGACAAUGAAAUAUUUGAUGACAUACUAAGUAAUAGAAAAGUUACGGAUCAAAACUUAAGACAAUUAUUUGGAAUGGAGGAUUACAAAGUUUUACAAGACGUUACUUUAAAGUGCAGCGAUGGUUUCUCAUUACAACAAAAUUCAUCUAAAAGUGAAAAUUUAAGUAUUCCUCGUGCUGACAGUAGUGGGAUGCCUUCGUUGAAAUGGAAACUAUCACAGUUACAAUGUACCCCAAAUAGUGGUUCUGUUAAAAGUAAUUCUGGAAAUGAAGUAUCGAGCUUGAUUCAUGACACAGAGUCUGCGACAUUUAAUAACGAACCUAAUAAUAGUGAACCAACGUUGGCAAUGGACGAUUUAUCAAUGAAAGAAAAGACACUCACACCAUUACGUACAUCACCCCCAGUAAAAGACCAAUCAUUUGAUAGAAGAAAAGUAAAGGUUGGGAAGAAGACACAAGAACUCUGUACCUGUUUGGUAGGCAUACCGCAAGAAACCGAUUUUGAAUUAUGUAAUGGAACAGAUCGUUGGAUCGUUUGUAAAUUACAACUUUUUCAAAUUCAAGGAGAAAAGGAUAAUAUUCAACUUUCUCUACCAAACAAGGACAUAUUAAUUGAACCCAAGGGAAACAAAUGUUUCAAGAUUGGUGUGAAAAUGCCGCGUAUAGGAAACUUCAUAGUUUCAGUCUUGCAUAUUCCUUGCUUAGAUAUGGUAACAAAAAAUAAUUGGUUGUUAAAGCAUGUAAUGUGCUUUAUGCCAGAAGAACCAGAUAUCAGAAUAUCUACUCCGUCAGAGGACAACGUUGUAAAUUUUCAAAUGAUAACAGAAGAUACAAGUAAUAGCGUAUCUAUUACUUUGGAAAACAGAAAUAGUAUCAAUGUACCUGUUUUAAUGCGCUUAAAUCAAGAUGAACCUGAAUUAUUUAGUUUUAAUGGUAGUUUUAACGAAUCUCUAAAUGAUCCGAGGAAACAAGUACAAUUACUACUCAAGCCAAAAGUGCCAUCAACAAUAGAUAUCGAUUUUAGAGGAACAUCUCUUGAAUCUUUUAUAGAGAAAAUACAUCAAAAAGGUGUAUACAGUGCUGAAGCUAAGUUAAGUGUCUCAGUCUGCUUCAAAGAAAAUGAAGAAUAUCCUAUCAAGGAAAUAAAACUAAAGGGUUUCCUAGGUUCUUGUAAACUUGAUAUUAUUGAUACUGAAUUUCCUUUACUUCUACAACCCAAAGUAGUAAAAUCAAUAAUUAUAAAAAACUCAGGAAAUAUCGUUGUGACAGCUAUUAUAAAUGUUGUAAAAUCUAAAGAAAAUCAAAAUGAAUGCCGGGACUUUUGUAUAUAUCCUAAUAACAUUAUACUUAAUGAAGGUGAUAAGUUAGCUUUACAAAUUACGUAUAGCCCUGAAGAUAAUAAGACUGAUGUUGAAAGACAAGCCAUGAUUAAGAUCGUGAUAGGAAAUAAAGCUUCAUUUUAUCCUGUAAUCGGAGAAAAAGUACUUUCAGAUGACUGUGACUCCAUUAGUAGUUCACACCACCUACAAAGCUCCGAAACUCCACAGCACUUAAAAUCUGUUGGUUCUUCAACGUCACCACAGAGUUCAUACUACAACAGGUCUGGUACUUCAGGGCGGCAAUCGCCAUGCAGUACGGCUUCAGGGAGUUCUGCAGUGGUGAAAGAAAACAUAACACUUAGAGCUACUCACGUGUCUUUAGUAUGGGGCAGUGUUAAAAUCGGGAAAUCGGACACACAACAGUUCACAGUUCGAAAUACUGGUAACAGCAAAUUGAAACUUUUUGUUUCUAUCAAAUCAGAGGGUCGAUGUUUCAAGUUUUCCAAAGAAAGAGGCUCACUAUCAACGUCAAUGAUAAUAUGUCUUCAAGCCAUGGAAAGCAAAACACUGUUUGUCGUUUUUACACCUGCUUUUGCAAAAGCUGCGGCUGGAAAGAUAUUUUUUUCUCACUACAACUCAGUGAAAGAAAAUAGCGCAAUUAGUGGUUACGUGAAAUCGAUGCCACUGUUUGGAUACGGUGGAUACGGAAAAAUUGAAAUUUAUGAAGCUAUCAAAGACAUAAGUGAACAAAUGUGGCUUUCUCUGGGACAUUUAAAUUCAGAUGGAAUUCUUCACUCAAAAAUCAGAUUAAUGAAUAGAGGAGAUUUGACAUGUUUUGUGAAAGCAAAAAUUAUUCCAAAAGCUCUGUGUCCAUCUGCAAUAUCCAGUUGGUAUGUCAAACCUAAUGAAAUUCUGCUUCCACCAAAACAAACUCAAUCAGUUUUAAUAGAGUUUCGCCCGAAAAAGGAUGAUUUUCCCCAUGCACAUCGAAUUGGUGUAAUACAUGUAGGAACAUUAAGACUUAUACAUGGCGAUGAACCAACAAGAUUACGAAUAAGGAGGUUGUACAAAAAGUUAGCUGAUAGUGAUCAACUAAAUCCUAAAAUAGACUAUUUGGCCAAUGAAUUUAAAGAAGUUGUUCAUCAAAUAUCCAAGGCCUUUCCUAAUGAAUCAUUUACUCAAGAUCUAAAACUAAUUAAAGAUUCAGAGCAAAAUCUUGGUGAUUUGUGUAAGGGGAUAGUACAAAAUGAUAUAAAGAUGACUAUAGAAAUUCCAGCAGAUGAAACUAUGUCUAUGUUCCAAGAUAAUAUGGAAGAUUCUCAAACGUUUUAUUCAUUGUGCAGUAAUCAAGACAAUACAUUGUAUUUUGGUGGGGAAAGUUUUUUACCACCUGAAUAAUUUUUACGUGCUCUAGUAACAAAGAGGAAUAUAUACAUAUAUAAAAUUAAAGUGUACAUAAAGCACAUCAUUCUACUGUAUUUACAUAUAUAUAUUUAAAUGAACUCAUGAUGCCUUGUGUGAAGAAAAAGAGUACAGAUUUAUAUUAUUUUGUGUAAAAGUUUUAAUGAUUUUAUACUUUUCUAAUAUAAAUGAGUUUUAUCAAAUACAACAGUAUUAGUGUAAAAUAUUUUA